AUGCAGAAAGUUGUUCGCGAUAGAACAAGGGAUUGCGAAAGUUACCUGCUGCCACUUUUACGUGGUAAGGAUUCAGUUGCCGAGAGUCACAUCAAUGAAUUUGGUUAUUCUGUCCCAGUUCGUCAACUAAAUGAGUGCGCUAAACCAGUUGGUAAUACUGCUGACAAACUGACGUCACUUUCGACCUUUCAGCCAGAGGGCGAUACCGGGAUACAUGGGUGUGAUUCGUUUAGCAUAAGUGGAAUUCAUUGCUUUCGAGGCAAGUGUACCAAUAUCGGUAAGCACGACUUGAAUUGUGAAGCCAAAACCAACGCAACCAUUCCCCCAGAAGAUUUAGAACCCAUUAAAGAAUCACCAGUCCUUGAGUAUUCUCUACCUUUGAUACCUGAAUUUGAGUACAUGAUAUGCACUCUUUGUGAAAGCUCUUCUAACGAUAAAAGAAGCAACAGUAGCAACUCGGAAACAUCUCAAAUGAGUGACUCUUGUAGCCAUGCAUCUUUGAGGAAGGAUGAUGCAUUUAACUUUGGUAUAGAUACUUAUUUUCACGGGACUCAAUUAGGAUUUGGUAGGCAAACCUCGUAUAGAAGGGUUUCUCCAGUGAUAAGCAAUUUUCUUUCGUCUUAUUCCCCCAUCAAGAGCUUAUGCAGUACCUAUCAGCAAGUUAGCGAUGGAGCUAGGUCUGACACUGAUACCAUAGAUGACAGGAAAUUAUUAAAAAAAAACGAUGAGGAGACUAUGCAAGAUUUGUUUCGUCUAGAUAGUCUCUUUCAAUUCCCUGGAAAGCCCUUUCCCGAGACUAUGAAAGGCUUUGCAGACAUUUUGCAUGACGGUGAAGCGCUAUCACAAGCUUGUGUCCCGUACAGCAUACGACAGGAGUCAUCAAUUCACCCACGAAAUGACGCAGUACGAGAAGAGAUUUUGUGCUCCCAUUCUUCUUCCACCCUUCUCAGUGGACAGGUUCCACCGAAAAGUCGUAGUGGUAGUGCAGUGAAGGUAUGCAAAUUCGACCUGCCUGAAAGUAAAUUGACUAAGGAUGAAAUUGAUAUGGCGACGGAAUGCAUAAUAGGCGAGAUAGAUUCUAAUUCAACAAGUAGUCACCUUCCUUCUACUUCAGGCAAGACGGCCCCUUUUGUUCCCUUGAUGACGUGCUCUUCGACGGCUUCUAAAAAGCAGCUGGACAAUGAGGUUGGACGGAUAUCCCAAAUGUGCAAGGCAGUAAAUCAACCGGUAGACAAAUUAACAAUUAUUAAGCAUGACCCGCUUGCUGCUCCAGCAACGGUGGUACACCGUCACAGACCCUCUGUGCACUUUACUUCCAGCAUACGGGAUGCAUCCCUGGGUAGAAAUGAAGCAUCUGCGAAAUUUUACAAACCUCUGCACGGGUUGAAGCAUACAUCCAUGGCAUCCCAAAAGCACAAGUACUCAUUCCAUUCCCUACUUAGUAGUUCGCACGCGUCAGAAUCUAGCUCGUGUUCCACACAUACACGAGCCAAGUCUACAUCACAUAUUCUAUCAGAUAUCAAAUCUUUCAAGCCACCAGAGGACACACAUAAGGUGGAUCCCCCAGAACAUAAGAUGCCUGGAAUGCUGCCAGUGCUUCGUGCACCCCAAAUAAAAGCGGCUGACAGUAAAUCUAAUCUACAACGUCCAAAAUCCAACCCAACGGAACUAUUGCCCAUUAGGGGCAACACUGAUGAACUACCAUACCCUCUGCCAAGAUCGAGCCUUUCCAAGGCGAAGAUGCAGAAAUAUCAUCCAGGACACUCAGAAGUUUGUAAUAAGUCUUGUAGUGAAGAUGGCAUAGUUUUGGUUUCCUUUACUGGAAGAAAUAGGGAGAGUGAAGGACUAAAGGCAUCUUCGCGUGUUUUAAAAUCCUCCCCAGAAGCCGUUGGUAUCUCCAAGAAUCCUUUUGAGAAAAGAAAUGCUGGGACGGUUAGCUCUACUUCAAAUGAAAAAGAUGCUUCUUUCCACCACACUGUAGUGAGCACUUCUCCUGAGGGUACCUCGUUAUCUCAUGGUGACCAAAAAUCGUUUCAAUUUAUGCCGAGAUUGAUUGCGAGUACUGAGGGAAGCGACGCUUGUACAUCACAAAAGGGCUGGUCGCCUGAAAAAAGCCCGACGGACCAUGCAUUUGAGAUGGAUACUUUGCGUACGGAUAGACAGCGGUUGAAUAUCCUAUCAGAUUUAAAACCAUCAGUGACGGAUAUGGUGCCAGUAUCAUCUAAAAAAUUUGGAAAGCAGGGAGCUCAACUUUGCAAUAAAGCUAUUUCUCAAAGAAGCCAGCACGCGGUAGGCCGCUCUAAAGUUUCAUUGCCUGGGGUCAAUAUUACCAAGCAGGAUAUGACCCAUACAAUGUCGUCUAUUGAAAAAGCUCAACGAUCAAGGUUUCAUUCCUCAUUCAGUGCUUCAGGGGAAGAAUUACCCUCUAGCUCUUCCAUGGCCCUGAUAUCUUUCUCGGGAGCUCUUGACUCCACGUCGCAGGAGCCGAGUCAUCAGAGCACCAUGCGACUGUGGAUGAAUCAAUUUAAAAGCAGCAGGUACUGUUGGCAUACUCCCUCCAAAUACCAUUCUUCAGAUGCUGACAAUGCAGUUUACCUUACUCAAGACGCAAAACCGUUCUCUCGUUCACUACCAUUGAAAAUUUCGGUAAAAUCUGAGGUUGAAAGAACACGCGAGCGCAAGGAGCGUGUUGCGGCACUUUUGGCUUGCCGGGAAAAAAAAAGGCAAGAAAAAUUUCAGAAACUGCAGUUGAGGGCUGAAGAACAAAAAGAUAACCAGGCUGAACCAUUUUUUUUACCUUCACAGAAUGUUUCUAGAGCUCAUGAGGUGCUAGCCCCACCCCAGGGAGGGCUUGCCCAAGUCCUUGUGGCUGCACCUCACCCUCUCGCAGAGAAAACAACUUCUACUGCAACCAACAAACAUGUCGCCGCGACGAGCAAUUUUGAGCAAAAUAAUACGCGUGUUCGCUCGAUGGUGGUUCUCUCUAUGCACCGCACUAAUCAUAGUGGACCAAACGUUCAACACGACAGUGGCAGCAAUGAUGAUCAGAUUGGCAAAAAAUUUGAGAAGCGACCCAAUUCUGCAGCCAAUGUGAGGAUCUUUUUGAAGGACCGUCACACUUUGAAAGUGUGCAGCCCCUUCGAGCAACCCAAAUUUUUCAGAAUCGACGAGAUUGUGGAAAAUACAGGGAAGGUGGAGCAUUUACAAUCUUCUUGUAUAUCUGAGGCGAUAGAGAAGCUUUAUGCAGGUAUAAAUGUAGCUGUCUUACUCUCUUCCACAAAAAGAGCCAAAACUAGCUCCUUGGCAUUGGUGCAGCACAUAUUUGGAAGUUUACUAGAGCGCAUUCCCGCUAAAGCAGUAUUGUCGUGGUCUAUGUGCACCAUGCAUAACGGGCGCAUGAAUCACUUGAAUCUUACAGGAGCAAAUACGAAUAACCAUCCAAGUUUAAAAUCAUCUGUAAAAAAGGAUCCUUUGUCUGGGAUAGCUCUCCACACAACAGUUUUGAAAGGCAUGCUUUUGGAAGGUGCAACAUGGACACGCGUCAGCGACGUUUCUCAGCUUUCUGUGAAGCUUUCCAAUGCGUAUCAGCAGGUGGAGCUCCAUAAAAUGGGCGACCUCUCUAUGCUUGUUAUUUCCCUUGUCCUGAGGCAGGUUAUCAACGACAAAGGCAGUACGCGUUUUUCUUCGCUUCUUGUGACGGAUUCUGGUAUUAAUUGCGAAAUACUUGAUGAUACCCUGCGUUCCUCAGAUUCAGGUCCUUAUGGUCUGCUUCAAAACAUUAUCAGCAGGUGUAACUUUACCGUGACAGCGUUUUUAGUGGGUGACUCUGAGAGUAGUCAUGCUUUAAGACUACUUAACGCACAGCGCAGGCUGUGUAACAUUGAGAAUAUUGAUCUUCGCAUGGAAAGUGCAAAGUGUGCUUUAAAGCAAUCAAAGGAGGAGUUGACUAGUGUGGAGAAUAAAAACGCAUAUACAAAUGCAGCCAUCGCUGCGACGGAGCCACCCAUUCAUCCGAAUAAAAUUAAGGAGCCGCAUCAUUUAGCAUCAGCUUGUGAUAUCCUGUCUCGUUCGUGUUCCACGAUGACACUUGAGAAUGCAAAGUUAAAGAAAAAAACCAAUGCUACGAAUACUGCCGACGACUUACAUUGUAGCGAAGAUUCCAUCAAAAAGAACAACCUUGCUCUGAAACCGACAGGGGUUACCGUUCCGAACCAGGGACACAAUUCCGGAGAAGCCGAUCCACUAGUCUCUCGCGCGUUAUAUUGCCAUAAUGCUAAGAUCGGCACUAGCUCUCUCUCCGGCCGUCAUGAUACAUCGGCGAUUUCGAAGAACUAUGGUGGAGAUUGCCGGUUUCUUCCAGGGGCCACCUCAAUAGGACCGAAUGGCGGACCAGUGUGGUCAAACUUGGCGGGCAACACCGCACUCGACCCCCGUUUCCCUACCAGUGGAGUGGAGGUAUCCACCGCAUGUGAAACUCGGGCGGAAAGCAUCAUCAGCAAGUACGAUGAUCGUUCUAGCUGCCAGAGCGGCUCCAAAGAUACCAAAUCUAGGCACAAGUUACCCUUGUUUCAGGAGUCUACCAACGCCGCUCGAUCUGCCCCAACCUCUACCAAUGUUCGUACCCUCGUUAUUUUGGACUCUCAGUGCGGUGAAUUGUCCAACAUUACGUACGAUGAUAAUGUCGUCUUCGUGACUACUGAAGACGAUUUCGAGGAUUAUGAAAUGGAUGAGGUAAUUGAGAUGCCUCUGGAGCAGGAUGGAAAAUACAUUCAGUCGAAAAUUCUUGAAGAGCUGUGUGAAACGAUUUGCCGUGGCUGCAACGCUGCUCUCCUUUGUGGAGUUAGUCGUGCUUUCCGUGUAUCCCCACUGGCUUUAAGCAGCGUUGUGAACUCCAUUUUUGGCAAGUUCAACAAUGACGGCAUAGGAACAGGUAAUAGCGGUAUGCGUGGUGGCCUCACGGUAUCCAUAGUUGAUAUCAAAGGGGAGAUGGUAGUAGACCUUCUAGAGCCCAAUGCAGAACCACGAAAGCUAGUUGUCGCUAUUUCCCCUAUCUUUGGUUCCUGCGUACACGGUGUGCGUUAUCAGCCUGUCAAAGAUUCUCAUGGUUUCGACGAGAUUCUCAGCAGCGCAUUAGCACAGUUGAGUUUUCCAACACACGCGAAAGAUCAUAGGCUUGUUUUCUGUUCCUUAAUUUUCAAAUUUAAACACCAAGAUCAGAACGAUGUGCUAGUCUGUUCACUUGUGGCCAGUUUGGCGCAACAAAAUGUGGGGCUCUACCGGUCCGUUCUCGAGUGCAGCCCUCUCGUGCCCCGCGCACUGUUUCACUACGCGUUGAGGGGCCCCUGUUUUACCGUUGCGCUUCUUGGUAUCGGUGGCGAUGAGAAAAGAGUCAAGAAGAUGCUUGAUAUCAAUAGAUAUCUCCGCGGGAUCAAAAACAGGCCGACCCAUCCCGGGAGCAUCCUUCAGUUCGUUAGUAGUGUUCGCGAAGGUCUUGUUCCAACGCUAUCUGAGAAGCUUAAACAAGCCCUAAGCGAGGAAGAGCGGACUGCUACCACUAAAGUUUUGAGUCGUGUGGAGGAAAUGAUUAGCGAUGCUGAGGCACUUCUCAAGGACUUUGAUCAUCAGCAGCCUAAGGCGUACGUUCAUGAGGAUGCCAGCGAACAUAAAACAACUACAGCUGACAUUUCCAAUCACAGGACGUCUACAAAGACACAAUGCAAUUUAGAUUUGUCACAUCGUCAGUCUAUUGACUCAAAAGUAGGAAGCACGACAUCCAGGCACCAGCAAUUAAUUCGCUUCCCCAAGCGCUACAGUGGCCAAGUAUAUCCUCCAAUAUACAGCUCCAAGUUUAUUAAAGAAACGAAGGAGUCGCAUGAUGAAAGCCGUAUCAAGUCUCUCGUGUGCUUCGACAAGCGUCUCCUUGGUGGAGGCUUGGUUGCUGUGGAGGGGAACAGUGUUCUUGUAACGACUAAGAAAGGUGCCUGCCGCUUUGAUGCUGAUGAGGUCAUCGUACGAGACGGUAAUGACCAGCCCAUUCCAAAUUCGGAGCUUAUAAGUCAGAUAGUGCAAAAGUUUGUCAGUGGCUGCGAUACGGGCUUGCUUGCUGCAGACAGCGAAAACUGUGCCUUUACGUUGCUCAUCUUACACAAGAUUGUAUGCGACGUCUUGAAUGACAUAGAUGAGCAGAAAAGUAAGGGUGGUUCUCGUCCUUUACCGACUUCACGUUGCGCAGCGCCUCGUGGCUCAUCCAGGACGGUCAAAGGGGAACUGCAGGUGUGUAUGUCUCUUAUUAAAGAUAAAAUCGCUACCGAUUUACUUUGUGAUAAAACCAAAACGCCCUCUCAUAUAUUUAAAAUGGAGCAUUCUGCAAUUUUCAGCUCUCUCAUUAAAGGCAUCACGAUGCAUUCUGUGAACACACUUGAGGAGUUUGACCAAUUUUUUAGUCUCGCUAUCGACAACGCAGAUCCGGCUCUGCAAACGGAGGAUCCAGGUGUAAUGGUCAUUUCUCUAUUUCUUACGAAAUAUGUCAGUGAAUUGGACAAGGACGAUGUGUUUGUUUCGACAUUUACCUCUACCGCUGUGUUUGAUGCCGUACAUUACUACACUAGCGUACUAGAGGAUACUGCGGGAGAGCUGCUCGAACUAUUUAGAAAGCUUAUUGGUGGCAUUUCACACACCGUAGCACUUGUUGGCAUUAGUGAUGAGGACAAUGACACACACAAGUUUCUCACUGUUCUUGAUAUGCUUUCGAGGGUUGUGAACCUUUCGUCGGAACCAAAGAGCAUAAACAAGCUGGUGCAAGACAUUCAAUUGAACAUAUCUAGGUUAAUGGAGCACUCCUCAGCAUCGACGAACUCAGAGGAUGGGGAUCACAUCAUGAAAUGGAUACAAACCCUCGAACUAGCGUUGCACGAUGUGAAGGAGUUUGUACAGAGUCGAUGGCCACAGUCACGUUUACCCGCUUUUGUGCCCCCAGUAUAA